UUCAGCUGACAUGCCUUCCCUCAGGGUGGUGCAGAAUGUCGGUCAGUGAAGUGAUAUUUCUGUGAAAAACUUUUCAAAAGCAGCUCUUGGAUUUGUACGGCGUGCAAAUCAAGAGUCACUCCGGGGUGAAGGAGGGCGUCCGAGUCACAACUUGUUCUUGUUUCACCUGGAUUUAUGACAGGUGUGACGACAAAUCAAACAUUUACUCAAACGCUGCUGUGUUCUCUUGCCCGUGUUCGACAGGAAUGAGCAGGUACCGACCUGCAGCGUUGAUGAGGAGGCGUAGCCAAGGGCUAGAGGCAUGUUUUUCAAUCACCACCUCUGCAGAUAGUGGUGAGGUUCUGGCUCCUUCUUCUCGCUCACCUUUAGAGAGAUGAAUCUCUACAAGAGCUUUGGAAACCUCCUGGAGACGUGGGUGACAGAAGAAGAUGCGUGCUGCGAAUCGGAGUGGACUGAGAUUAAAAACCAAGAAUCUCCUCUUGCUUCUUCCUAUGCCGGGGCACAUAUGUGCUCGGAAUCGGUGGAUUCUGGAGUGGAGACGGCCAGUUCUGACACGUCUCCUGCUACAUGCUACCCCGAGUUGACAGACGGUGCAGAUAUGGAUGCAGUAGCGCCAGACGGAAAUGGUGACAAACUCACCUUCGACUCCCCAUCAGAGUCUCCCGUCUUCUACGUACCGUCUUCGCCCUUGCGGGUGGAAUCCCACCUUAAACUGGAACAAGCGCUUCGGAGGAUUGACCCCAAACAUUCAAGGUGCAACUCCCAGGCAGAUGACAGGGAAUGGUCUCGCUCAUCACUGCCACCCAAACGGUACUCGUCAGUCUUAGUGAAAGGUCAGAACUCGGGAGGUCUUCGGGAGAGUAGGGCGAUCACAGAGUUAGUGCCAAUCAGGCACAUGUCCACGAGGAACAAGCGACCUCUGCCCUCAAAUUAUGAUGUGGAGCCAGUUCACACAACAUUAAAGGAUCCUGAUCAAGGGGAGAAGAAAGAACUGAGUCCUGGUCUCAGCUACUUGGAGCAGGUAUGCCAAAUGUUGGAAAACGUCGCCAAGCAGCAGAUGCGUAGUCGUGCGUUAUCGAUAGAGAUGAACAACCUGAGGCAGCACCGGCCUAUGCAGGUGAAUCAGCAACCAAAUGAUUGCCAACAUGACCGCAAUGCUGCAGAAGAUUACCUGUUUUCUUGUGAAGAACUUUCAGAAAAUGUAGAUGAGGUGGAUAUUACCAGUGGAACACAGCAAGAAAAUAAUUAUAUUAAUCACAAGUUUCUGCAGCGAUCAUUAUCAGAGACCACACUGCACUCAAGGAUGUUGAAAGCAGACAACAGGGGGCACUGUGUCAGUGCAUAUGACCUGACAGAAGAGGAAGAUCAGAAAAAGCAGAAUGGGGCAGAAGCAAAGAUGGUGUCACAGAAGAAAACUUUCAAGGAGCCCACAAAGGUGCAGAAAAAUAAACCUAACAGGACCUGGAAAAUAAAAAUCCCUUCGAGAAGAGAAGUGUACACUGUGGCAGACAAUGCGAGGUUUUGUCUUGCUCCAACUUUGACUACACUGCCCGCAAGAUUAUCGGUGAUAUUGCUCCAUUUCACUGGAAGUUUCUUUCAAUCACAUUCAUUCACCCGUCACAGAAGUAGACACAUCGGAGGAUAUUUGUAGUUCAACCUCUUCUUCAAGGACACUUCAAAACAUAGGCAACAAGAAGCAGGAAUCAAACCACCGACCGUUUGAUUAAUGGACAACCUGCUCUCCUCACGUUUGAUGUACAGCCACUUUUAGUAUUUGUUCUACUUUGAAGUCAAAACACAAAAUUUGGAUCUAUGCAAAUGUGAACUCUGCAUGUAGUAGUUUGUGAAGAACACAAUAAGGGGAUAAAUGAUUUUAAAACAGGUUUUUAAUGAUCAUCAUAACAUGAAGAUGUUUUAUUCAUACAUAAAGUUUUGUUGAAUGGAAUGCAACCUAUAGUAUUAUACAUAUAAUGGCAAAAUCCAAACAUUUUAAAAUAACUUAUUUAAAAUGUAUUUUUUAUGGUUAUAUUCCAUCAUGUACUCUGAAUAUUCUACUGAAGUAGGCGGGUUUAUUUAUAAGAGGAAUUUAAUCACAAAUGAAACAGGCCAAUUGCAGCGGCGGGGUGCGAGGCUCCGGGACUGGGCCCAUAUUUGUCAAUGGGUGCAUUCGUGCUUUUUUUUAACAACAACAACAAAAGAUUGUUAAGGCAAAAAUAUUAUUAUUAUUAUUAGUAGUAGUAGUAGUGUCAUAGUUGGCCCCGGUUCAGGGUUUAGGUAUUAGUUUAUUGAUUUAUUUCCUCUGUGGUUCUCUAGUUUUAUUUCCCAUAUAUUCAUACUUUGUCUUUUAAGAUUUUGUUUAUUGCUUUCCAUUGUGUAUACUGUAGUAACCGGUUCAUGCGUUGUUUAUCCUUUAGUUGUGUAGUCAUUCAUUUAUUCAUGAUCUUCUGUAGUAGUUAUAUAUUCUCUGGUUUUGCUUUAUUUAUCUUCAGUGUCUUAGUGUCAGGCUGUGUUCUGUUAGUCUUGGGCUUUAUUUUCUGUUAUUGUUUAUUGUGUGUCAGUUAUUCAUUGCUUCAUUAUGUAGUCACCGGUUUUAUUUUCUGCUCAGCAUUUAUUCUCUAUUUAACCAAUAGUUAGCUUUGCCACUUUUAUUGUAUUCAUUUUUCUGUAACAGGUCCAAUCUAGUUUUAGUUAUAAUCAUUAGUUUUCUGGGUUUCCACUUUUUGACUCGCCACUUUAGUUCUUAGUUUUGUCCUUUUGUUUUGUUCACGUUUAUUAUGGUUUGUCAAGAAUGUUACGUUUUGCACCGGUGGUUUUUCUGCCACUUAGUUAUCUUGCCCCAGUUCACUUUGCUUUUGCCUCAGUGCACUCUCUUGCUCUUACCUCUGUCUUCCCUGGUCACACCCCCUUCCAGCACCUUCUGCACAGCACACCUGUUCUCACCCUGACUAUUCCACUAGUAUUUAAGGCCUAAUAGUCUCACAGUCCCUCGCCAGCUUGUUGUAUUUUUGCACUUUCCAGCCUCACACCAUAGUCCUGUUUUGUCUUCUUGUAUUUCUGACCUUGCUUGUGUUAUCGAUCUCUGCCUUGUCUAAUCCCUGAACUCUGCUCAUUUUUUGACUCUGCCUCUGCCUCAGCUCUGUGAACUCCUUGACGCUGUGUAUUUGGAACGUUGCUUGUUUUUGGACUUUGCCUCAGCUUGCUGCCUGCCUGUACCUCCACUAUGUUGACUGAUAUCCUGUGUACCAAACCUGUUGCCUGCUUACCAGAUAAAGCCCUUUUUCUUAAUCCUGCACCUGUGUCUGUGAGUCUGCAUAUGCCUCCUACAACCUUCAGGGCCAAGACACCAUGAAUCAUGACAAGUAGUAGUAGUAGCAGUAGUAGUAUUAGUAGUAGUAGUAGCACAUAUAUUAAAUUGGAGAAAACUAUUUCCUUUAAUAUUACAAGGUAUACUGCAUUUUGGGUGGAACUACAGUAUGCACUCUAAAGAGGGUCUGUGUUGCCCAAUUAUUAAUCAGUGGUUUUGGAAAUUUUAAACCAAUCUAGUAAAAAAAUAAAAUAAAAUAAUAAUAAUAAUAAUAAAAAACAACGUUAUCGCCACAUACACAGUAAAAAUUUAAAUACUGCAUUUGGUUUUGUCACCUGGACCCAAAAAUCCUGGUUGGUAAAUUGGAAUUUUUUUUCCAGUUCAUUGAUUAAAUGGAACAACUUCAAACAUGUUUCUUUAAUUGAGUGUAGUGACAAGAAUUUUUAAUAUCCUUUAUUUUGAAUCAGAAAUUCUACAUAUUCUCACACAUAUUUUGGAUAAUUAUGUAGGUAUAAUAAGUCUCUGGUUCCAUUUCCUUGAAUAAACAGCUGUUUGUGAGACAUUCCAAAAAUGCACACUAAAAACUUGUGACAAACCGGCUACAGCAGGUGACUGUGACACUGUUGCGGCCCAAUUCUGGCUUCCUCAGGCUACCUGUUAACAAUUGCUAUCGGUCUUGCGUCAGUCAGACAUUAACAUGCGUAAGAAUCAGCCAUGAUUUGAGUGGAUUCUUGCAUGGAGCGUUUUUAUCAUGCAGCAUGUGUGGGUUUCGGAAAAAAGAACAAGUGCGCGGAUGAUCAUUUUUGUGCAAACACAAUAGCUGACACACAGCAGUGGGCGGAUGACGCAUCUUUCAUUCUCAGCUUUGGGUUGUCAACAGACAUGAUUCAUCAGAGGCCAAAAAAAAA